AUGCAGCUUGCUGGUCGGCUAGGUGCUCGGGCUGCCAGUCACCUAGAGGAAGCAUCCCCGGCUGGUGUUGCAGCAAUGGCUGCCAGUGGUACAGCUGCGGUUUUGUUGCCAACCACAGCCCACUUACUUCGGCUACGACCUCCAUCUGCACGAGCAAUAAUACAAGCCGGUGUUCCUGUGGCCUUGGGAACGGAUUUCAAUCCAAACGCAUACUGUCUUUCAAUGGCGAGUUAUUCUGGUUAUAUGGUUGUCCAGUCUCAUUUAUAA